AUGGCAAAAAUUACUUUGCUAGAACAAAAACAAAUACCUUAUCAAUUAUUAAAUGAAAGAGAAUUUACUCGUUAUGGAUUUAACAAAAAAAAUCAAGGAAUAGUAGCGUUUAUUAACAGUUAUGAUUAUGUCUCACUUAAUUCUUUGCUAACUCGCCAACCUCAGCGUAAGUUUCCUUUAAUUAUUAUGUUAGACUCGAUUGAGGACCCACACAAUUUUGGGGCAAUUUUACGGACUUGUGCUGCUUUAAAAGUAGAUGGAGUGAUUAUUGCUACUAAAAACCAAGUGCCAGUGAAUAGCACGGUAAUCAAAGUUUCCGUAGGUGGCGUGGCUUACGUUCCCGUUUGUCAAGUUAAUAACUUAUUAACAGCCGUUAAUGAGUUAAAGAAAGCGGGCUACCAAAUUGUUUCGGCCGUUUGCCAACCAGGAGCCCAAGAAUAUAAUCAAAUAGAAUUUAAGUUUCCGACUUGUUUAGUUUUUGGUAAUGAACACCAAGGAAUUAGGCAAAAAAUUAUUCAAACCAGUGACAUUUCUCUUUAUAUCCCAAUGAGUAAUAAUAUUGGUUCUUUAAAUGUUUCGGUCAGUUGCGGAAUUAUUCUAGCCCGGGUGGUUUCCCAGUGA